UUUCAGAUGAUUGGCGACGUUCAUCAGAUCCUCCAGAGCACGGAAGCACCCAAAGAUGCCACGAAAAAGCCGCCGAAACCCGGAACCUCGGCUCCACGAAAGCCUGAAGGAAUGAAGAGAGAGCUUUUCAACUUGAUGUCAGGCAAGGAUUUGACUGCAGUGAUGCCUACGGAUGUGAAGAAGACCUAUAAGCAAAAGUUUCAGACAGGAUUUCGCUCUGUUCGGAAGUAUAAAUGGAUGCCAUUCACAAAUGAGUCGCGGGAUGACGGCCUGAUGCUUCAUCAUUGGGUUCGGGCCGACAAGGUGGAGGCCAUGCAGCCUUACCCAUUUUCAAGGUUCAAUAAGGUGAUUGAUAUUCCAAUAUAUACCGACGAUGAGUAUGAAAAUUACCUAAAAAUCGCAAAAUGGUCGCGGGAAGAGACUGAUUAUCUAUUCGACACGUGCCGAAUGUUCGAUCUUCGCUGGCCAAUCGUCUACGACAGAUUUGAUUGCAAAAAGUUCAAUCAAAAUCGCACAGUGGAGGAUUUAAAAGAGCGCUUCUACUCGAUAACCUAUGAGCUGGGCAUUCUAAGAGAUCCAAGCUCAUCACCGACGGCUUAUGAUGCAGAACACGAGCGUCGGCGUAAAGAACAACUGAAUAAGCAAUGGAAUCGAACGGCUGAGCAGCUUCAAGAGGAAGAAGAUCUCACUGCAGAGCUCAGAAGAAUUGAAUUAAGGAAGAAAGAGAGGGAGAAGAAGGCUCAUGACCUUCAAAAGCUUAUUAAUAUGUCUGAACAGCAGCCUGCUAGUCCGUCUGCAGGGGGUAUUGGAGGGGCUGCAAGUGCAAAGAGGAAGAAUGCGUUUAGAACGAAAGCUGGUUCGAUUUCGACGACGGCUACCACUUUCUUUAAUCCGUUGGACAUCUCAGUGACUGCUCUUCGUUUUUCGGAAUUUAAAUCAUCUGGAGCACAUUUCCGUUGUCAAGAAAUGAAACUUCCAACGAAUAUUGGACAGAAAAAGCUGAAAAAUAUCGAAGUUGUACUCGAAAAGUGUAAAAUGGAAAUGAAUCCAGUAGCGUCUGAACCAAUAAUGAAGACGUAUAAUGAUUUCCGUUCACAAAUAAUGCUUGCACAAGAACUAAAAUCAGCAAUGCAGACUGCAGAAUUCGAAUUGGAAAGUAUUCGAACGCGAAUGCAAGAAAAUGGAAAAGAUUUCGAUAUUGAACCCCGUUUUAGAAUUUCUCAGCUACCUGAAGGUGGUAUUGAUGAUGAUUUUAUUGGUGGAAAAGGACAACCGGCAACUAAUCGACGAAUUACUUCAUAUAUUGAUGCUAGUUCUAAGGAUCUUACUGCGUUCCAGAUAGCGUCCCGAAAGCGAAAAACAAUUGCAACAACUCCAACAAUUACUACUACUACAUCAUCAUCAUUUGUCUCCUCAUCGAAUUCUCCAUCAACAUCAGCUGCUAGUGAUCCGAAAAGAAUCAGAAAAAUUUAAAUUUUUUUGUUGUAAAAAAAUCCCCCCCCGCCCCCAGGCUGAUCUCUAUUUAAUUUGUAUUAUUGAUUUUUUCUCUAAAAAUUCCUCUGGUAAUGGUAAAUUUUAAAUUUUUCUGAAAAAAAGUCAAUUUUUCAAUAUUUGUGAGUGAAUUUUUUGAGCCCUCUAGCUAUAAUUUUUGGAACUUUUUACUUUCUAGAAUACAAGUUAUGAUGACGUCAUAACUUGUAUUUCAGAAUGUCCCUAGGAACAUGAGAACUGCAAAAAGAUUUAGAGAAUAGAAUUAAUAUUUAACAACAGUUGAAACGAAAAAAAAAAGGAAAACUUAAGAAAAACCACCGAUAAUUUAAGAUUUAAAUAGAAAGCAGAAAAUUGAAAAAACAAACAAACAAACGACCGAAUAUUGAAUAAU